GGUGAGGAAGAACCGGAAAAACUGAUGGGAGAAACCCGGUGGGAGGAACCAAUGUGUGUGUUUAUGUGCGUAAGGAGAGUAGCUAGUGCCUGGGACUGCUAUAAAGAGACACGUCUUUUAACGCCUAAUAACCAGAAGAUUCUUUUUUGUUGUUGCGAUACUAAAGGCCUGUUCACGAGCACAUAAAGGAUGGGAUGGAUUUUCGUGCUGUGUUUUUUUUUUUUUUUUUGCCGUGGGCAGUAAAGUGGGUCAACACCUGAGAAGGAGGUGAAAGGAGAAGCUGAACUGAGGCAGUGUUGUCCUGCCGAGAGAGCACAGGAGAGGCAGGAAAUCUACUCGACUUUUUGCAAACACAUAAGCGAAAGGAUUGCAGAACUAGAAAGAAAAAUACUGUCGUUUUGAACAUCUCAAGAAGCAGCUGAUUUCUGGUGCUUUUGCUACAUGAAGGACAGCAUCUACUCUGGUGACUAAUAUUCUGCUUAAUUGUUGUUGCUUGAAACAAGUUCUAAUAGUUCCUUUUUUAACUCCUUAUCAUUUUGGGCCGGUUUUCAUUCCUCGAUUCAACCAUGAAGAUAACCCAUCACCUCUCAGCCUCAAAGGUCAAACAUUCCAAGUGAUCUACAGUGCAAGCCGAAGGCGAGAUCAUUUCCUCCGUUCACGCCGGGAAAAAGACUCACCUUUACUUUCUACUUACUUCUCCACUGCACCUCCAGCCAUGCAGGCACCGGCGCCUGAGCACGACGACACUUUUGACUUCCUGUUUAAGAUCAUCCUCAUCGGGGACACCAACGUGGGGAAGACCUGCGUGGUCCAGAAUUUCAAGUCCGGCGUUUUCUCCGAGAAACAGCAGAACACCAUCGGGGUGGAUUUCACGGUGAGGACCGUGGACAUCGAAGGGAAGAAAGUAAAGAUGCAGGUGUGGGACACAGCAGGUCAGGAGAGAUUUCGCACCAUCACGCAGAGCUACUAUCGCAGUGCUCAUGGCGCCGUGAUCGCCUACGACAUCACACGAGGCUGCACCUUUGACUCGGUGGACCAUUGGAUGAAGGAGGUAGAGCUGUAUGGAGCUGCCAAUGUACUCUUAGUUCUAAUAGGUAACAAAUGCGACUUGGAGGACGAACGGGAGGUUCCGUUUGAGAAAGCCUGCAAUCUGGCAAAAGAAAGAGGCAUACUAGCUGCUUUGGAAACAUCUGCAAAGGAAAGUCAGAACGUGGAGGAAGCCUUCUUGCUGAUGGCCAGGGAGCUGCUGAAUCGCAAUGGCCUUCAUUUCCAGCAGGGUGACGUUGAGGGCGACGGCAUGCCUCGGAUUCUGCUCAGGGAGAACUCUCGCCCCGUCGACAUCAGCAUAGGCGCCUACAUUCCUCCAGAGAAAGAGAAGAAGUCGUGCUGCUGAUGCAGAGUAGCUGGGACUGAAGAUGCCGAACAACGUGAAGGACACUUUUCCUGCCGAGAAUGCUGAGGAAUGAAAGAAAGACGAAAAAACCCGGAUGCAGAUCUGUAGCGUCGAGGCGUGAGGAAUUGUGCAUCUGCCCAAACGCAGCCUUUAGAGACAUGGUGACGGAAAGUUUGUUGUAUCUGAUCUGAGAGGAAUGCCGAUGAAGCAUCUGUACCAGCAAGAUCUGUGAUCAGUGUUCAGGAGAAGCUACAAUCAAGCAAUCUUCUUUCAUAUCAACAGUUCCUUGAUGCCACAUUAGCUCACUAUUGCGAUUUUAAACUCAAAUGUUCAAAAUGUACAUCUUUGGAGCACAUACUAGCCUCAGCCAUGUUGUUGUCAACAAAAGUAGGGUGCUAAGUAUUUAGGUUUUUUUUUACAGUGCAAUUUUGUUAAAAUACUGUUGCAACGCUUUUGGAAAGACUUGUAUUUUACCCGUGUGGUGUCUUCAUGGCAAGCCUUAAUCUUUUCUCCCUACACUGUGGACUUCAGUAUCUAAAACAACUUACCAUACACAACAACACUGUGAACCAUAUAUGUCUGGAUUUAUCUCAAGACACAACUGCAAGGAUGAUAAUAAUAAUAACAAUAGUCUUAUUUUAUAACGAGCAGCUUUCAGCAAACUCUUUCAGGCUGUCACCAUGAACCAAUCACAGGUAACAGGAUGAAGUCUGAGCUCUCAGGACAACGGAUCGUUUGACAUUCCCAAGCCAAUGUGAACGUGUGGACUUUGUCUGAACACUAGGUGGCGCUGUGCUCCAGCACAUGAUCUUUCAGGGCUCGCUGGAUGGCGUUUGUGUUGCAUAAUAAAGAGAAACAUGAUUUGAAAAACCUGUCCAAACAGAAACAGUUCGCACCGAGGCUCAUUCAGGACUAUACAUAGGCCACUUUAUUGCUAUUUUAUGGAAAAGACUUACUGUAUUAUUUCAGAGGCUAUCACUUGAAAUAUGUUAUUUUGUCAUAUUUCAAUCCCGAACCCUAACAAAAGCCUAACAAAAUACAUAGAGUUUUGCAGCUGAAGCAUGACAUUAUGUGAAAAAAGCUGGAGGAGAGUGUAUACUUUAAGUCACUGAUGGGAAUCCCCGUGGGUUGGAAAAACAGUCUGUGCUCUAACCAGCAAGCAAUUAACGAUUAAUAUCUAACUUGGCUAUUGAAUCAGCUAUUUCCUUGCUUUUGAUUAAUGCAUCACCAAAAAUGGAAAAUGGACUACUUGAGAUUUGCCCUUGAGACAGAAUUAGGAUUCAGAGGCCAAAUGAAACAAAACCCCCUUGUUUUUGUAAUAGACUUAAUGUCUCCAUAAUCAUUCCUGCGCAAUAUUAGAUCACUAUAAUAAAUGUUCUACUGAACAGUCUAGGUAGGACUUUGGACAAAUUCUCCAAAAAAAUGUCCUCGUGGAACAAGCUGAGCCAAUGUCUGCUUCCU